AAAACACAUGUUGAUGUUUUCAUUUAGUUCGCUUUUCAAAUUGGUGAAUGUUAAUUUCUAAUUCUCUUGAAUUAAUUUCUCUUAUUUAGUUAAUUGUUGUUUUAUUUUCUCCAUCAUAAUGACUGAUCAGAUAGUUUUCCCUGGCUUCUCAAUUAAAUCAUUAAUCGAUGAAAAUGAAGAGGCAACAGAAAAGAUUGUCCUUGGUCCUGGAAUCAAACGAGAAAUUGAUGAUUUAAGGGCAAUUAAAUGUGGCCUUUUACGAAGUCGAAUUAGUAACAAUUUAAUCAUCUACUGGAUUGAUUCUCAUCAGAAAAGAUAUGUUGCAGUUCGUGGUGAAAGGGUUAUCGGAAUUGUUACUAGUAAAGGUGGUAUGUCCGUGAACGUCGAUAUUGGUACCAGUGAAUCUGCUUCAUUGUCUUUAUUAGCUUUUGAAAGCGCAACCAAAAAAAAUCGUCCAAAUAUUCAGAUUGGUGAUCUUGUCUAUGCACGGAUACUUUCGGCCAGUAAGGACAUUAGAACGGAACUUAUUUGUGUCACAAGUCGAAUGAAGAAAGACGGUCUUGGUGUUCUUCCUCAAGACGGAUUCAUGAUCAAUGUUCCACUAAGAGUUUGCCGAAGAAUUUUAUCUGCCGAUUGUAAGUUAAUCGAAACAUUAGGAGCUAAAUUCAAAUAUGAAAUAACAGUUGGUCUUAAUGGACGAAUAUGGGUUCGAUCACCAACUCUCUCGGAAACAAUUUACAUCAUAAACAUACUACUUAAAGUGGAAAAUUCUGAUGAUCAAGGAAUGAUUGAUUUAUACAAACAGAUAGAAGAUAAAUUUCAAGUUUAUCGGAAGAAAUAAUUUCCAAAUUCAAGUGAUACAUAUAAGUGAUUAAAAAGUUAUUCCAUUGAAUAA